CCGGUUUUAUAAUCCUGUGCGAGGGCCUGAGUUGCAUCAUGCCCUGCUCACUCGGUUUGCAACUUCCCGUCUUGAAUCGGCCCAGCAUCGGUUGGUUCCGGGGAAUGGCCACGGGGCUCCCCAAUCCUGUCCACGAUCCUGUCUGGCCAGCGUUGCCCCCGCCAUGGCUUGAUGGCUGCUGUGAAGCGUCCUUUGCUGUGGUCUACCAACGGUAUGUGCAGGGUCCCAAAUUACCACCAGUCUGGAUCAGGAUGCUUGAGUGCCAGUGAAUGUCUAUUCCCAGACCAAAGAGCCAAUCAUCAGGCUGAGGUUAUAUCCGGAGAGUUUGAAUUUUUACCGGCCGGGGACUCCGUACGACCCCAGACCAGGCUUCCCCGGCUGACUGUAACAUGCAAGCCCGGGGGCCUGGGGAAGAUCCAGAUCGAGCCCGCUGCGAGUCAAGCAUGUGUACAGUAAAAAAGAGUAACUACCCCGUCCUUCGCUUGUAAAGCCAGCCUAGC